UCUUUGUCAACACUUCACUGCACCAACUUUGAACUUGUUUCCAAGUCUCUCCAGAGCAGAUACUACACUGAGAAAAUAUCUACAGCCGCAAUACUGAAACUACCGCCACGACAAAUCCACAGGCGCAAACAUGGCUCGCAUACUACUUUCCCUCCUCUCCGCAACGCUCCUCUUCCUCUCAGUUGUAAACGCCCAGUUCCAAUUCUUUGAGCAGAUGUUCAAUGGACAGGGGCAGCAGCAACAGCAAAGACAUCAAGAGCCGCAGAAUGUACCAAGUGAUUCAAAUUGGUACCAGCAGAACUUUGAGCAAGCACACUGCUCGAAUUACCUGUGUCCCGACACCUUAGCAUGCGUACAUUUCCCACAUCACUGCCCUUGUCCUCACCCUACCUUCGAAGAGAAGUUCGAACUUGGCGAUGGCAAGGCAGUUUGUAUCAGUAAAGGAGGCUUCAAAGCUGGAGAAGCGGCGCGGAAGGUUGAGCUGGCAAGGAAGGGGUUGCUAUGAGAGAGUAGAGGGGUGUAGGAUCUAACACGGAGCGAAUACAAAUACUGAGAGAAAGCCUAUUCUGGAGAGGAAUAUGUGCUAUUAUGUGAAGACAAUACGCCUGUAUCGAAAAUGAAGGAAGAUCGGAGCGAAAACAUCUGAAACGAAUAGAGAGCGGAAUGUUGAGCC